CUUACACAUCCUUUGCCCUAUUUAAGCCCCAAAUACAUUUACACACCCCCACUUUAUCUCACACCCAACACACCCAGAUAACUGUGUUUCAACUUUCAACAUCUUAACGAUGGUAUCAUUUCAAACAUCUUUCCUUCAACUAAAUGAUCAACGGAAACCGAUUUCGGAAACGACUGAUGACUCCAAGAACAACAUGAAAAGGAAGUGGAAUGACACAGAAGAUGAGGAGGAGGUGAUCCUUCCUUACAAACAUUGGAGGAAUCCCAAGGCCGCCACUGCCAUAGCGGCCUUUGCCUCCAAAUCUUUCUCUGAUAUUGAGCUUCACCUCGAGACCCCGUUGCCAUCUGAAUGGCAACGGUGCCUCGAUAUGCAGUCAGGGGAAAUACACUUCUACAACACAAGAACACAAAAAAGAACACAAAAGAGAUCCAAGGGAAAGCUCAGAACCAUCAAAGUCCUAAAGACUGUCACAUGAGCUUAGACCUUGAGCUAAACCUGCCUUGUGGUUCACUCAACCAAAAUAUCUCAAAAUCAACAUCAGAAAAGAACACAACUACGAUGAUCAAGAAGAAGUCUAGCCACUCACCACCACCGUCGGCUUCUCCUAAUCUAUUCAGGAGUCUGAGUACUGUCAGAAAGACGAACACUAUCGAUGUCGAAACAGCAGACGAUGCAGAGGAGAUGG